CCUCCAAUUUCGCUUCCCGACACUAAACCCAUUCUGAAAAAGCGGUUGAAAUUGUUUUACUCUUAUCCAUCAAGCAACGAGAUCGCUGUUAAGCGUUAUUGCACUUUUGUUUCCUAAGGUGUUUGAACAUGGGGUUUUCAUAUUUGAGAAAUACGAUGGUGAUUUUGUAAGAUGGGUGUUUUUGAUCUUUUUGAAGGUGUUUGGAUAUGGGUUUUUGAUAUUCGGGAGAGAUGAUGAUAUUUUUUAAGAUUGGUGAGGAAAGUUGUCUUUUUUAUAGGUUAUAGUAGGUAAUUUUAUCUGUUUGUGGAGAUGUCAGGCAAUUACGAGGCAAUGAGGAAAACCCCACCUGGGAUUUUGCUCAUCAGAAGUAUCAGAGGCAAGGAUUUGAGCCUGAAAUCAUAUAGAUACAUGGUUUUGUUUGUUACCUUCAUAGCCUAUGCUUGUUAUCAUGCAUCCAGGAAACCAAGUAGCAUAGUGAAGAGUGUUCUGGAUCCUGAGCGCGAGAAGGGCUCUGGUAGGAAUCCUUGGCCCCUUGGCAAUGUUUUCAUCAGGGAAAAUGUUGAGGGGUUUGAUGGUAAUAGAAUGAGCAUAAAGGGUUGGUAUCCUUUUAAUGGACCUGAUGGGACAUCAAAAUUAGGUGAGAUUGAUGUUGCUUUUCUUUCCUGUUACUCAGUGGGGAUGUAUGUUGCUGGCCAUUUGGGUGAUAGUUUGGAUCUUAGGUUGUUUCUGACGUGUGGGAUGAUUUUUAGUGGCAUUUUUGUGGGACUUUUUGGGAUGGGAUAUUUUUGGAAUAUCCAUGUCUUCUGGUAUUUCCUUGUGAUGCAAAUGCUUGCUGGGUUGUUUCAAGCCACUGGUUGGCCUUCUGUUGUGGCUGUGAUUGGAAAUUGGUUUGGAAAAAGGAAAAGGGGUUUGAUAAUGGGUGUUUGGAAUGCACAUACGUCAGUUGGGAAUAUUAGUGGCUCUCUGCUUGCUGCUUGUGUUUUGGACUAUGGUUGGGGAUGGUCUUUUAUAGUCCCUGGGGCCUUAAUUGUUUUGGGAGGGAUACUGGUUUACCUAUUUCUUGCUGCUUACCCUGAGGACAUUGGAUUUCAUUGUGAACAUGGUUCAGCUAAGGAUAUGGAUGAAGUGAUUAAUGAUGAGGAAUUUCAGAUACAAAAUGGAAGUGAGGUUGCUCUAGAGAAGUGUGGUUCCAGAAAAGGUUCAGGAAGCAGGAAAAGUGUUCCACUUUUUGACGCCUUCUUCAUACCAGGAGUGAUACCAUUUGCAUUGUGCCUCUUCUUCUCAAAGCUUGUGGCAUACACAUUUUUAUACUGGUUACCGUUUUAUCUAAGUCAGACAGAAAUUGGUGGGCAGUAUAUUUCUGUAAAGUCUGCUGGAAAUCUUUCUACUCUGUUUGAUGUGGGAGGCAUUGUUGGUGGGAUCCUUGCUGGUUAUACAUCUGAUAAACUCAAUGCUCGGGCAACUAUAGCUGCCACCUUCUUGUAUGCUGCAAUUCCCACCAUGCUUAUAUACCGUUCUUUUGGGAAUGUUUCACAGGGUGUCAACAUUUUACUGAUGGUGAUUUCUGGCUUAUUUAUAAAUGGGCCUUAUGCACUUAUCACAACUGCAGUUUCAGCAGACCUUGGAACUCAUAGUUCUCUUAGAGGGGAUUCUCGGGCACUGGCAACAGUGACUGCCAUAAUUGAUGGCACUGGAUCAGUUGGUGCAGCUCUUGGUCCUCUUCUUACUGGGUUUCUUUCAAAAAAGGGAUGGGAUGCAGUUUUUGGUAUGCUAACUGUUUGUGCUCUUAUUGCGGGGCUGCUUCUAUCACGUCUGGUUGUAGCUGAAAUUACUGAAAUAGCGUAUGGACCAAUUCACUCAUCUAGUGAACAGCAAAUUCAUGAAGCAUCUGCAUCCGAAUCGCUUUUAAGUGAUCAAAGAAGAUAAUAGGCAAGCAUCAUGGAGCUGUAAACAAUCCAGAAGGCAAGGUGCUAAAGAGGGAAGUGGUAAAAUAACUCUGUCCACUAGUCCAUUGUAUGUAACAUACAUUUACUGAUGAACAAUAUGUAAACUUAGCUUAGUUAGUGUUAUUGGUUUCUCAUGCAAGUUGCUUGUCCGAGGAAUUAUACUUCACUAUGUCAAGUAACUAAAGUUGGCUUCUUAAGAUAGUUGUAUGGAUAAGAAAAUCUAUAGAAAAUAUUUCUGUGAUGAUUUAUUGACAGAUUAUUAGGUGAUGAGUUUCAUUCUCCCCUCUGUUAAAUUUUGGAACCAGGUUAUACCGUUCUCUGUUGCUGUUGAUGAUCUCAUGUUAAGUUAGCUGUCACAAUUCAAAUCCAUCUGACCCAGUUGGUAUUUUUAUAAAUAUUGCCUUUUGGU